AUGGUUAAUGGUUCACGAGUUGCUAUUAUCGGUGCGGGUUCUGUCGGUGCUUCUAUUGCCUUUGCUCUGCUUCUGCAAAAGAUUUCCUCUGAGAUUCUUUUGGUUGAUAUUGUUGCCGAAACUGUUGAAGGUCAAGUACUAGACCUUUCAGAUGCCAAUUUCAUUUCUUCUACUCAAGUUCGCAGUGGCUCUUUUCAAGAGGCUGGACAAUGCGACAUUGUGGUUAUUACUGCUGGUGCCAAACAGAAAUCUGGUGAAUCAAGAGUUGAACUAAUUGAAAGAAAUUAUAAAAUUUUGGAUUAUGUGAUAGGAUCUAUGAAACCAUUGAAUCCUAAUAUAAUUUUAUUAAUAGUUGCUAAUCCUGUAGAUAUAUUGACUCGAAUUGCUCAAAAACUAUCUGGUUUGCCAGAAAACCAAGUUUUUGGAUCGGGAACUUUUUUGGAUUCGGCCAGAUUAAGACUUAAGUUAGCUUCAGUGCUCGGGAUCGCAGAGAAUGCAAUUCACAGCUAUGUUUUAGGCGAACAUGGUGAUUCGCAGAUUAUUGCAUGGUCUUUUGCACAUGUUGGAGGCAAGCGUUUGUUGGACUUUCCCGAAGUGCAAAAUUUAGAUAAAGAGGCUGUUGCUAAAGAAAUUGCGAGUAAAGCCUACAAAAUUAUUGAACUUAAAGGUGCGACUUAUUUCGGAAUUGCUGGAUGUGUGUCCACGUUAGUUCAGUGUAUUGUAUUGAAUCAGAAACAUGUAAGACCGUUGAGUACUUAUAUUAAAGAAUACGACUGUGUAUUUAGUAUGCCCGUCGUAUUGGGAAGUCAAGGUAUUGAAAAAGUAAUUGAUGUUUCAUUGAGUGAAGAAGAAAAGAAUAAAUUGAGAUGUUCGGCCUCGACUUUGAAAUCAAUUUGUGCUAAGUAUAUAUAG